GGUCUCGUUCACUUUCACUUUUAUUAUACUGUGUUGCUUAGAGCAGCUUCACUUUUGCUCCCGUACGCUACAAAAAACAGCAACACUUUACACCGAGUUGCUAUAAGAGACAGUCAAUCAGUGAGAUUGUUGAAAGACAGACAACGCAAUUGUGUGUCCUUGAUAGACGGACACAUAGAAACAUUCUCUAUUUGAAUCCGUUGCUCGGUUAGUCAUCGUUCGGACGGGGUUUCGGUCGGUCUCUUUUUUCGGUUACUUGUCGUCUACUUACACAGUUGUGAAUUUGUAUGUGAUUUGUGUUUUGUUUUGAUUACCUUAACGUUUUCCUAUGGUAAACGUGGUAAUGUGUGGAAUAGCAUUUUUCGGAAGUAAAUGACGUACAUUCUUCUCCUUCAGCUAAAUGUUAUAAAAUUUAAAAGUUUUUAUUAAAAUCAAACGAAUGCAUUCACGACUGACUUUGGAUCAACAGCAGCAUUUACAUCACCACUUGCAGCAUUUAAAUCCGUCAACAAAUUUUAAUCAUAUUUUGGAAAAGUGUUGUUGUAGUGCUCGUGCUAUAAGUGGUCAUCAAAACCAAAGGCCUCAGCAGCAUCAACAGUUACUUCAACAAACGUAUCAGGCAUUGACACCGCAUCCACAUCACCAUCAUCAUCAUCACCACCACCAUCAUUACCAGCAUCACCACCAACAUCGGCAGGUACACCUGCAUCAGCAGCAAUUGGUGAAUCAACAGCAGCAACAACAGUUGUCUUCGCCAGUGCUGUCCGUUUUACAAUCCACUCAGCAACAACAACAACAACAGCACCAACAAACACAAUCCCCUAACAAACAAAAUUCUUUAGCCCAUCGUUUGUACCACCAGUAUCAUCAGCAGACAGUCGUUGCUAGCGUAUCUUCAAGUUGUUCUGCUGUAGCUGCAGCAUCUCCAUCAUCUCACUUGACACUUUCACCUCCACCUAUCCCUUCAAUCCCACCCGCUCCAGCUGCUUCAUUUUCAUCAUCUGCAAUUUUAUCACCAAUUCCACCAACUCUAUCGGCGACGGCAUCAACAAUGUAUCGACGUCACAACAAUUUAUCAUAUUGUGGUGUUUCAAACCAAGAUGGAGGUCAAAAUUAUCAAGUUCAAUACGUGGACACUGAGUUGUAUCAUAGUAAUUCAAGUCAGUCUCAGAUGGCCUAUCCUUUUUGUCCUAUUGGAGAUUAUCAAGCUGGUGGGCAAUCUUAUUAUUCCACAGCAUCAGCCACUAAUUACUCGUCAACUAUACCAUUGAAUACAUCUUCACAUGCAUCCUCAUUACCAUAUAUUGUACCUGUGGAAGAAAGUCUACUGUUAAAUACAUCCUCACAGUCUCAUAGCAGAGAUUCUCCACAUAGUUUAACGGAAGUUGCAUUUAUACAAGAAUCGCAUAGUACAUCUCAAACCCCAUCAUCUUCAAAUACAAACCCCGUAAAUAUCGGAAGUGUUAAUAUACAGGGAGGAAGUAACUCCGCUGGAGGUAAUGUCUCCCCUGAUCACGACCAUAACACUUUAGGAAAUACAAACAAAAUAGCGUCAGCGACUAUUAAGUGGCUGUCACGAAAUUACGAAACAGCAGAAGGUGUAAGUUUGCCACGAUCAACUUUGUAUAACCACUACAUACAACAUUGCAAUGAGAGUAAAAUUGAACCUGUAAAUGCAGCCAGUUUUGGAAAACUCAUACGAUCAGUGUUUUCGGGCCUUAGAACUCGACGACUAGGUACUCGUGGUAACUCAAAAUAUCAUUAUUACGGAAUACGCAUCAAACCAGAGUCAGUGCUCAAUCAAAUUCUUGACGAGAAGCCAGCAUUUCAACCGCAAUUAUCAAAUACUGUUCAUAUGUCUCAUAACCAGAAUCAAAAUCCAAUGACACCCUGCAGUUCAAGUCCAAUUGCAGGGACAUCUAGUGCACUACAUUCUAGUGGGUCAAACCCUAAUACAAGUAACAUCUUGCAUAGUAGUCGGUAUACCAAAAAACAGCAAUCAUUUAAAUCGGAAACACACGAAGCUUGUGGUCAAUUCCUUGGCGAUGGUGCUGGAGCGAUACCUACAUUUCCUUCGAUUGAACUCGACAACACUUUUGAUAGUGAGUUAACUCAAGCAGAUGUCGAAACAUUUCGCUCAAUGUACCGAGAGCAUUGCGAGAGUUUUUUGGACGCUGUUUUAAACUUAGAAUUUAAUACUAUUGAAUUUAUUUGGCGAGAUUUUUGGCGUGAAAACAGUAGUAUGGAUGAGUGUGCUGAAGAGGAAAAAUAUUUAACUAAAACAAAAUUAUAUUUAAUGUGCCACUGUUCAGGCGUUCAGAAGUUCGUACGUGAGAUUGACUACCAAUUUUAUCAGAAUAUAGUAGAUGUUAUUAUACCAGAUGUGCUAAGAUCAAUUCCAAAUACUUUGACUCAAGCCAUACGCAAUUUUGCUAAAAAUAUGGAAAUUUGGUUAUGUGAAUCAAUGAUUGGCGUUCCGGAGCGUAUGGUUCAAAUAAAAUCAUCAGCUGUUUCAGCAUUUUGUCAAACACUACGUCGCUAUACAUCCCUCAAUCAUUUGGCUCAGGCAGCUCGUGCUGUUCUCCAGAACAGUGGUCAAAUAACGCAAAUGUUAAGCGAUUUAAAUCGCGUAGACUUUCACAAUGUUCAGGAACAAGCCGCCUGGGUAUGUCAAUGCGAACCAGCAAUUGUACAGCGAUUAGAAAACGAUUUUAAAUCUGCUUUGCAACAACAGAGUUCUUUGGAGCAAUGGGCUGCCUGGUUGCAGGUCGUAGUAGAAUCAGCUUUACAAGAUUAUUGCGGAAAACCUGGCUAUGCAAAAGCAGCGCGACAAUUUCUACUGAAAUGGAGCUUUUAUAGUUCAAUGAUAAUUCGCGACUUGACAUUGCGAUCUGCAUCAAGCUUUGGUAGUUUUCACUUAAUACGUCUACUAUAUGAUGAAUAUAUGUUUUAUUUAGUCGAACAUAAAAUUGCAGAAGCGCAUCAGAAAACUGCCAUUGCAGUUAUUUGUGAUUUAAAGCAGAAGGAAAUGGAAUUCGAUUUUGGAUAUCAAUUGGAAUACAUUGCUGCCGAUAAUGUUGUAAAUGAGCGUGGACCUAAACGUAUGAAACACGAAUGAGUCGAAUAUACUCGUAAUAUGAAAAACUGGUUCUGGAAAACUUCUACCACCAAUAUAUUUUGUUAUCGCACAAAGCUUCGUAGUAACUUAAGAAAAUAACAUUUUACAUACAUUUAAGUACCAUAUAUUACAUAUCAACUAAAGUACGAUUAUUAACAUUAAUCGAUUAUAGAUAUUGUAAUUAGACAGAAAAAUGGACAACACAUUGCAAAAUCGGUCAAAUAUUUCAAGUGCAAAAGCCUAACUAUAAUAUACAUACACUAGCUUAAGUCAGCUUAAGAAACUGUGCGAAUUGAUAUAAAAUAUACAUACAUAUAUUUAAUUACAUAUACUUAAACAAAGUCUCUUUGGUUUUUCUUAAGCAUUGUACAGACUUUUCUUUCAUUUUUGACAUUACCUUAAGUUAGCUUAUGUACAUUGUAUUUGGGCCUUAAGGCAUGCGAUUGCAGAAAUAUUUCUCUGCAAAAUAUAACAAAAUAUACUAUAUACACUUGCAUACUCCAGACUACGGGUUCAAAUAUCUUGAAGGCUUUUUUAAAACAAAGUUAACACACCAUGGUAUUCAUUAAUAUUGGAUACAAAUUAAAGUUACAUAUAUUAGAGCUAGUUGAACCAGAAGUCUGAUUUUAAUGCAAUUCGGUGGGAAUAGUCCUCUAAAUUUCUAUUAAUUGUUUACCAAUUAUAUUCAUAAGUACGACCAGUUAGGGUAACUUUUGGAUAGAGAGGUUUACUAUGGGCCAGAUAGUGACUCUGAGAUAAAAACUAAAAUAAUAAUAUAUUAUGUCUUUACAGCUAAGGCCAGAUUGUGGCAUAUUCUUUAUCUGUGUUAAAAAUAUUAAGAUUUAAAAAUUCAUUGCAAUAAAAAACAUGCACAAACUGAAUGUAGGAACUUUUUUUCUAUAAAGAAAAUAUAAUAGCAUCGAGACAUAUAAUAGUAUCGAGACAUUAAAAGUACAAUAAAUAUAUUAAACAACAGUAACUGAUAUUUAUUACAAUGAAAUAAGAUUGAGUAAAAAAAUAAAUAUGGGGAAUUUCAUGUCAAGUGACCCAACUCAAAAAAUCGAUUGAAGGCACUAAGGUUAGUACUAUUGGAUAGUAGGUCAGAAACAAAUUUUCAGCUCUAUCGGUCAAGAACUUCCAGACAUAGAGGGGGUCAAAGUUGGAUAUUAAUGCGAAAACAAUAUGCCUAUCCAACCCACUAAAAGUCAUUUUGUGGACCAAAAAUAUUCUACAAAAUUUCCCAUAAUCAGCUCAAAAUUAUGGAAUUUUUUAAAACCAUUUUGAAAAAAUCGAAAAUAUUUUAUUUUUCAAAAAUUAUACUGAGGUCAGGAUUUUCAAUCGCUGGUAGGGAACUGAGGACCAUUCCAAAAAAAAUAUUUUUUAUUUUUCUUGUGUUCAAUACAUUAAUACGCAAAAAUCGAAAGUUGUCUUUGAGUACUCAAUUAGUUAAUUUUGUUGUCAAGUUUAAGCGCCCAAUGGAGGUGGUUUAAACUUAAGUAGUGUAAACAGCUGAUGCAAAAUAAAUAUAUAAA